AUGUGGUCCUUCGAUGCCAAUGAAGUUGUCCGCGAGCAUGGCUCCGUGCUCAAGAUCGUCGGCACGGAGUUGAUCGGGAAGGUUUCUUUCAUCUCGAGGAGUUGCCUGGGAGCUUUUCUGGAUGCGAUGGAAAAGAGGUACUUAGCCAAUCCCUACCACUCGAGCGCUCACGCGGCUGACGCAGCGAACUCCUUCGAGGUCCUUGCUUCGAGCUCCGGGCUGCUUCAGUCCUCAGAGCUCCCAGCGCUCCGGAGUGUCUCUAUGUGUGUCGCCGCGCUGGGUCAUGACUUGGGACAUCCAGGUCUCAACAACAGCUUCCAGAUCAACUCUCGGGACAACCUUGCGGUGACCUACAACGACCGUUCUGUACUGGAGAACUUCCAUGCAGCUGAGCUUGAGCGGUUGCUUUCGCAUCGGUACGGCCCGCGCCAGACAAAGCUUAUGGCCAUCCCACAGAACCACGAAGCGAGGGAGCGCCAGGUGCGCAUCGCCCUCAUCCUCUCGACCGACCUCUCCAAGCACAUGCAGGAUCUCGGAGAUCUUCGGCUACGGCUCGGCAAUGGAGAUUUCGACCCCAGCGAAAUGGCUUCAGACCAGCAAUUGGCGCUGACGUGGUACUUUCGGGCAUCGGACAUUGGACAUUCCGCGAAACCGUGGGAAAUUCACAGGCGCUGGUCCGAACGCUUGGUGGAGGAGUUCCAUGCCCAGGGCGACGUCGAAAGAGGACUCGGUCUGCCGCUGUCCCCGCUCUGCGACAGGAACAACUUCGAUCUGUCCAAGUCACAAACGGGCUUUCUGCAGUUUAUUUGCUUGCCGAUGUAUGAAGAACUUGUGAGGCUGGACGAGCUCCUUGAAAGCAGCCUUCAGCUCAAACAGAGGAAGAAGCCGGCCACGUCCGUCUCGUUGCACGUUUCGCGCCAUGGCCAUGGGUUGAAAGUCCUGCCUUUAGACGACAUCGUGCCAAGCGAGCAGGAAUUGAAAGUGGAGUCGAGGCUCUCGCGGUCCUUCACCGGAGGGAUGCCUCUCGGAGAGUGCACUGCCGCCGCGCAGAACAAGGGCACCCUGCGCAUUGCGCAACAGCUCCUUGACCAGUGCACGGACAACAUGAACAGCUGGAAGAAUCUGCAUGCCCCGUCUGUCUGCCAAGAUCUGGCUUGA